AUGCCGAUUACCCGGGCUGCCCUUCACUCUCUAUACUACUAUCAGCGGACACCCAAUGGGGAGGAGACGCUGAUGUCGAAGAUACCGCUGAGGUGGCAGCGUGAUCAUUUCGAUCUCUCCACGGCGCAUUACCGAGUCAAGUAUGCGAUGCUCGGCGAGGAGGAUAGGCUCGCGUACAAGAAGCUGGUCGAUUACGUGCAGAGCUUCAGCUUGGGGUUCUGGGCGAAUCGACAGGGCGUGCCCUACCUGGAUGAGGCCGGGGAACUGAUCACCGAGGCGCGUUAUAUCAAUACGAAGGCUCUGCUCGAGUGUGAUACCGAGGAGGAAGCUCUGGCGUUAUUGAGUGCCAUGCCCAAUGCUCGUGAUCGGGUGCUGAAGCUAGCGAAUCAGGUCGGCGCUCCUGACCGGGUGCCCAAGAAGAAGAAGAAAACUGUGGCCCGUCCCUUGGAGACUGCUGGCGAUGCCGGGGCUAGUCCCUCGCAGGCGGCGAGCGUGAUUCCUUCCUCUCCUCCUCGAUCUAACCCGAUCAACAUUCCUGAUAGCAGUCCGUCGCCAGCGGCUUCUCCCCUCCAUAAACGGAAGCGUCCGGCUGGGGCCCUUACCAGGUCGUCUCCAGGAAGUUCGCAUGGACCGGGCAGCUAUCUUCUACCUCCCUGCUAUGUGGAACGGUCGUUCUUCAAGGCCGAGGAGUCGAUUGCUGUGCCUGCGCCUGAGGCCAAGGCUAUUCUGGACCAGGAUGUUGCUGCCCGGAGGAAAGAUCUGGCCAGGGAUAUUGCUGUUGUCAUCCGGGUGAUGGAGACGGCCAUGGUUUUGACCGACACUUCGGUCUCCACCGCCUCGCUGGAGGAUGCCCUUUUGCAGGUUCGGACGGAGAAGGAAAGACUAUCUAAAGAUCUGUCGGACUACAAAGAAGAGCAUCAGCUGCAGGAAGGGCUGAGCCAGAAGCUGGAGGAGGUGGAAAAGGAGAGGGACCAGUUGAAGGCUGCUAAGGCGAGCUUGGAAGAGCAGGUGGUCGACCAUCAGAAGCUGACCGAGGACAACGCUUGCCUACGGGCUCAGGUUGAGUCUCUCGAGGGAAAGGUCCGUCCUCUGGCAGAUGAGACCGAGGAGGAACACGCCCUUGGUUCGCGCGGUGAGCUGCUAGGGCAUAUUCGGACUCUCAACCAAGAUCUCGUGGCCUGCUUCAAAGAGGGUUUCGACAAUGCUGUCGAGCAGCUCGGGCUUCUGAACCCUGAGUUGGUGACAGUAGGGUCGGCCUAUAACUGCUGCGUCCGGGACGUUAUCAUGGCUUGCGUGCCUUAUGUAUUUGGCCUUCGGGCGUUGUAA